AUGGCAGUGGCGUGGUUAACCAAACUGUUCAACAUUCUGGGAGAGAAUGACAGAAGGAUGGAGGAAAAGUACCUUGGUUCAAAUACUGCAACAAUUACAGAGGAAGAAAACCCAGAGAAAAAUGAUGACAGGGUUCCUAGAGAUGAAUUAAUGUAUUUCAUGAGAAAGUCUGGAGUGGCAGAGAAGCUCUUGAACGCGGUGAAGAAUGUGUAUGAAGAGAACAUAACAUCAUUAAGAUUUGUAACAGGAACGACGGAGGACUUUAGAGCGAAAGUAGGUUUGCACCAAGGAUCAGCUCCGAGCCCUGUCUUGUUUCCUUACUGA